AUGGCACGAUGGAAACCUACAUUUUCAUCAUGCCUAUGGAACCGGCACCGGCAGCUAUGUAUAAUCGAUCAAGGUAAUGCCAUUACCUAAGGUAUAGAGUACAGAUGUAGGCUUGGAUCUCCUUUCCCGUUUCUGCGUUCCCCUCUUUUCCCUUCAUUACGUCUGGGAGAUAAAACUGUAAGGUUAGAAGGAUUGUCUCUAUUCCCGUCAGUCUUCCUCACCCGACGAGAUCAAUCCAUAUCUGCAACAUGUCUUCCACUAAGAAACAGCUCAUUCUCAAUGCCUUUGCUAUGCAAGCACCCAGUCAUCUCAAUCCAGGUCUCUUCAAAUAUCCUGGCGAUCAAGGUUCUGAAUACAAGAAUAUCAAGUCAUGGAUUGCACUCGCCGAGAAGCUCGAAAAGGCCAAAUUUCAUGCCAUAUUCUUUGCAGAUGUUCUAGGUGGUUAUGAUGUUUACAAAGGUCCUGCGAAUCUUGAGCCAACAAUACCUGCUGCGUCUCAGUUCCCAAUAAAUGAUCCGUUAUAUAGCAUUCCUGCUAUGGUGAGUCCUUCUCGACCGCUUUUCUAGUAGUAUUUCUUUUAAAACAAAACCUAACAUGGAAAAGGCUGCAGCUACAAAAAGCAUUGGAUUUGGUGUGACUGCUUCGACAACCUACGAACAACCUUAUCUACUUGCUCGCAGAUUCUCGACAGUAGAUCACCUUAGUGAGGGACGAGUUGCAUGGAACAUAGUCACAUCAUAUCUCGACUCUGCAGCUCGAAAUCUCGGUCUAGAUACCCAAAUUGAACACGAUGAACGGUAUAGGAUUGCUCAUGAAUACCUUGAUGUUACAUACAAGCUCUGGGAAGCAUCUUGGAGAGAUGAUGCUGUACAGCCUCCAGGAUCGAACUCAUACGCAGAUCCAAAAGGAGUCAGGCAGAUCAACCACAAGGGGAAAUAUUUCAAUGUUCCAGGUCCACAUUUGUGCGAACCUUCUCCUCAAAGGACUCCAUUUUUGUUUCAAGCUGGAACUUCCUCCGCGGGAAAGAAAUUUGCUGCCACUCACGCUGAAGCUAUUUUCUUGAAUGCGCAUACCCCAGAGCUUAUUCGUCCAUCGGUAGACUCUAUUCGUUCACAAGCUAAAGAAUUGGGAAGAGAUCCGGCCAGUAUCAAGAUUGUCGCUGGGCUUUUGGUUAUUGUUGCCGAGACUGAUGAAAAGGCUCAAGAGAAAUUCGAAAAACUUGCAAGUUACGGAGACCGAGAAGGAGCUCUAUCGCUAUUUGGAGGUUGGUCCGGAUAUGAUCUAAGCUCAUAUGGAGAUGAUGAAGACUUUCGAUUUAUCGAAAGCGCUCCUCCUGCUGUAAGAAGUAUGGUCAAUCACUGGGCAUCAGUAUCGCCGCAAGGUUUAACAUGGAACAAAAAGACAAUUGCAGAGCAUCUUAUCCUAGGAGGAAAUGGUGCGAAGCUUAUCGGAAAUGCAAAGACGGUUGCAGAUGAAUUAGAAAGGUGGGUAGAGGUUUCUGAUGUUGAUGGAUUCAAUUUCAGUUAUGCUAGUAUUCCGGAGACCUUCGACGAUAUGAUUGAAUAUCUACUUCCCGAACUACGGAAGAGAGGACUAUUUUGGGAUGACUAUGCUGUUCCAGGAGGUACUUUGAGAGAAAACUAUUUGGGUGUUAAAGGCCAAAACAGACUUGCGGAAUCGCAUCCUGGAGCAAAAUAUUUCUGGAAAGCUGGAGAGGAUGUACCAGCAUAUGCAAAGGAGGAAACGAAGAAUGUAUGAGAUGAAGAAUAAAAUAUCACUUCAACUUUAAUUCUUCGACGAGGGUGAAAAGUACUUUCAAUUUUUCCUGACCAUGUCUUUACUCUUUUACAAAACGACACCCAUGUAGGCUACGUUGCUGAUGUCCGCACCUAUGUCAUCUACCUUGUACUUCUCCAUGAUGUAACUUCUCCGAACGCAUGAAGAGGCUUGGAGGUACCGAAAUAGCCCUAUCAAUCGUCCAUUCAUCCAUUUCAUCUA